AAAUCAACCGAACUAACCACAGAUUAUCAAACUAUUAUUAUAGGAACCAGUUUGAUAAUCUGUGAUAGGAACUAACCUGCAAUUUAAGUGAGGUUAAUUAAGGUGCCUCUCAAGAAUCAAUAUUUAUUGCGGCUGAAAUGCGUCCAACUCCAACUCUUUUUAAACAGAAUAUAGGAUGGCACUUUCGAAAACUCUGGCACAUCAAGGGGAACCGAAAAGUCCUGGACAUUGGCUCAGAGAAGAUCCUCAAAAAGCAGGGCAUUGCAACCGAAGACCCCAAUGAAUUUAUAAAAGACUUUGUUGUAACCAAACCGGAACGGGUUGAAAUUGUGGGCAUUCGGGGGCCAAGGAAGACUACCAUUGACAAUUGGCACGAAAGGCCGCUGUUGACUUACGGCCACGCAAAUGUUCUAUUGCAAGGUUUAACACAGGCCAAGGUUCUCACUAACACUGUGGAAGUGGUGCAGGGCCUGCCCGAAAACUACAGUAUUGAGGACAUUAGCAGACAAGUGAACAAACGAGUGAAAGAUGUUAUUUUAGCUAGCUGCGUGCUAGAUGCAGAGCAAAAGCUCUUGCCUCACAUUAAAGAUCGUAAUCGGCCCGCUUAUGUAUUUCCAAGAGCCUAUGGAAUUACGCAACAACGCGUCUUUAAACUCCUGAUAUCCAGGCUUCUGCACCUAAUAGAAACUACGUCAGCACCUGAGUUGGUUAGGCAAAGACACCUUGCUGAUAACCUACUGUUUUCCUACCCGUUUGAAAGGAAUGGUGACCUGAUUCAGUUCCAACAGUUAGGGGACCUGGUGAUGCUGGCAGAGAAGCCCCUGGCGCCGAUAACAAGGCAGAGCCUCAACGAAUUUCAGUUGCCCGAUUUAUUCCCAGUCAGUCCCACCGUCACGUUGCAGCCAACAAACAAAUACGUGCUGAGGAACGUGUACCCUGUGAAUAAAACGUCUCGCAAAUACCACCCCCAUACGUUAUUCAUCAACUACAACAAGGAAACUGUGAAAAAUCUCUUUGAAGAGGAAGUAACACAGGAGCAGAUCUGCGGCAGAACACUGCUUAAGGCCUUCACAGCCGCUGCUGCUUACGCCAAGGAACAAUUUGGGGACGAAGUCAAAGACCUGCCCACACCAGUCACUCUACAAGCAAUACAAACGGACGGCAGAGAGUUUUACUUUGGGGUCUUGCAGCUGAACACUCUGGACUUAAGCAGUACGGAAACCCGCAAUAUUUGGUACCAAAGCCCCGUGCUACGCCUGUUUGAGAAGUGCGCGUAUGAAUUAGGCCGGCCAGUUUUGCAUGACUACAACAGGGCGGUAGUCAAUCACAUUCUGGCGUUUUACAACCGUAACUAGCAAUACAGGGGCUUUUUAGGAUAAAUUUCUUUUGCACCGGUAAGGAAUACAUUGUUUAAUAUUUUCCUCAAA